GUUCACCCCGUCGGAGGAGGAAAGCAAACCUAGUUACGGCAGCAGAGAGGAGAGGAGAGGAGAGGAGAGGAGAGGAGAGGAGAGGAGAGGAGAGGAGAGGAGAGGAGAACGGUUCGUCUGGGGCCCAGGCUUUGGCUGACCGAUCAGAACUGUAAGGACCUGAUUCAGCUGAAGUGAGCCCAUCGAGCACUCCUGUCCUCCACCAGAGCAGGCGAGACGAUUUCUUACAGCUCUUCUUUCAGCUCCCUCUUCUUGUUCACCUUGAUUCAACUUUCUCUCUCAAUCCACUUGUUUGUGUCCAUCAUCUCCUUUUUUUCUCAAGCUCUGAGCCAGUCCUGGGUGCUUGAGGGAGUCAGACAGCCCUGGGUAGGAACAUGCAGUUCAGCGGCAGUGCUCCCACUUUGCUUCUGCUGCUGCUUCUUUGCCAACUGGAGGUGAGAGGGCAGGAGCGGGGGUACCUGCAGGAGGCUCUCAGGGCCUUGGAUCUCGGUACCGACGAAAAGCCACAGCUCCAAAAGAACCACACCGGUAUCCUGAUCGCCAAGCUCCUCCGGGAGGUGCACUGUGCAGAGCGGACUGGCACCUCUCAGGAUGUCUGUGGCAAGUGCCUGACACCAGAGGUAGCUCUCUCUGUGCUAGAGGAUGAUGGGAAGGCUUACCUCACCGAGGAGGACUACCAGCAGAUCUCCACUGUUCUGCUGUACUACCUAAUUAACUUGCAGGACCUGUGUGUGUCAAAUACCGCCUCCCUUUCCUCGUCCUCCUCCUCAUUUGGGAACAUUCAGUUCUACCUUUUGGCCCUCACCAAUCUGCACCCGGCUGAGGACGACCUCUUCCUAUCUUCAAGAGAAACAGAAAGUAUUCUGCAGCUUAUCAACCAGCACUAUGACCCCCCCAAUCAAGACGCCUUAUCCGAUUUGCAAUGUAUUGACGCCGCUCACCUCCUUGAGGAUGUAAACGUACAAGAAAAUCCAGGUGCUGGUGCUUCCUCUGUGCCCAAACUGGCUGCUGCCAUCAUCAGCCAUAUCCUGCAGGGCCACUGUUUCAGACGGAGGAGCCUCCCGUCUCCUGCUUUCUUUACCGACUACAUCUUUCAAUCCCUAAAUUGCACAAGUGACCUGCAGAUAAUAGAUUUAGAAGAGUUGCUUCAUCGGCUGGGAGUAGGACGGGAAGCAGCGUCACACUCUCAUAACAGGAAGAGGCGGAGUUCACAGAAAGGGGCCGGCACUUCGCCGGGUGGUUGCAACCAUGUAGCUGGUGGAAUAAGCAGGGACUGGGCUCAGGUCUGUUAUUCAGCCAAUCAGCUGUUGGAUAUUUUCACUCUGAAUCCUCAUCUGCCAAUUUCCAAGGAGCACUUCAGACAAAUGUGCCCUGCAAUCAUUCAGCAGUUGCUAGGCAAUGCCUGCAAGUCUGCGGAGCAGAAAAGAAGAGGAUCUCUGCCCACUGCUCUUGAGAAGUACGGCUACAGCACGGCGGCCGUCCUGCUCAUCACGGUGGGCUCCAUGCUCGGUAUCUGCCUGAUCUUCUUCAACUCCUGCCAGGAAACCUACACACUCAUCCUGCAGCUGUUUGUGGGCUUGGCAGUGGGAACCCUCUCGGGAGAUGCGCUCCUGCACCUCAUACCACAGAUCCUUGGCCUCCACGAUGACACUCACAGUCAUGAUCCUGAACAUUCAACGGAAGACAAAGUGUAUCUGUGGAGGAUUCUGGGUAUGAUCGCUGGGAUCUACGGCUUUUUCCUCAUUGAAAGAAUCUUUUCCAUUUUCGCUCCUCAUGGCCUGGGUCAUACUGACCUUCACUUAGAGCUCCACUGCAAUGGCAAGACACAGAGGGGGAAGUCCAUCUCCACCAUACAGCUGGGAGCAGUGGAUGACUUGGAGUGUAUAGAAGCAUCUCCUGAACACGUCGCCACUCGGAGCCCUUCACCUCAGAGACGAGGGUUUCCUCUGCUGGCUGUGAUGGUAAUCGUGGGAGACAGCCUUCAUAACUUUGCCGACGGCCUGGUUGUCGGAGCGGCCUUCUCUUCUUCGACCGAGACCGGCAUGGCGACCACGGUGGCCAUCCUGUGCCACGAGAUCCCUCACGAGAUGGGGGACUUUGCAGUGUUGUUGAGCUCUGGACUCUCAGUGAAGACGGCUGUGCUGAUGAACUUCCUCAGCGCUCUGACGGCCUUCAUGGGACUCUACAUCGGCCUGUUCGUGUCCUCAGAGAUGGAAGUGCAGCGGUGGAUCUUUGCCGUGACUGCUGGGAUCUUCCUCUAUUUGUCACUGGUCGAAAUGCUUCCAGAGAUGAAUCGAGUGAAGAGCGACAGACCUUGCCUCAUGUUUCUCCUGCAGAACCUCGGCCUGUUGAUGGGCUGGGCCUGUCUUCUGCUCCUCGCGCUCUUUGAACACAAACUCAAAUUCUAAAUGCCGUUUACGUGAUUCGUGACGUCAAUCUCUUCACAGAGGGUUGAAUCGAAACAAAUGUGGACUCGUGUGUGCAAGAUGUUAUAACACGUCAUUAUUGAUCACCCAGUGAGUAUUUCAUGAUGUUGUAGUCUCAGCACUGGAUGGUAAAUGUACGUUAGCCGUAUGAAUCCUCUCUUUUUUUUUAUACUUGAUGAUUUAUUUUUGUAUGUUAGGUAUCUAACACUAAAUAGUUUAAACUGUAAUAAUGAGCUUAUUUUGAUGAUUCAUGUACAAUUGUUCACUUUAAUCGUUCUGUCAAAUAUGUACAUUGCCUCGGACAAUCAAAUCAAAGUAAUUCCUCACAAGCAAACUAUAAAGUAUUUUAAAUCU